UUUACGAUUAUUCACGGACACUUCCGAAUCCACCGUUGGAGCGAUUGAAAUUCCUCUAGCUGUUAGCUAACAGAGCUUUCGAACAUGACUGCUGCUAUUGUUCCGUAAGUACUUCUUGCUUCUAUUUUACUUAUUGUACUAUUUAUUUAUCAUAAUCUCAUAAAGGCAAUGAGAUAACUGCUUAUGGAAAUCUCGUGACGCGCGAUCUGCAAAUAGUCGUUCCUGAGCCUAGCUUGUUCACGAUCUCGCAGAUCCUUCGCAAAUGACAGUAUAUGUACGUUGAUUGUGCUUCAGUUUUCUGUAAUCGUAUUCAGAGCUUACACAAGAGACAUUUUCGGCACGAUUUGUGCACAGUCCAAUUGUUCAUUACGUAUACAAGUAUUUGAUAAAGAAAACAAUGGCGGAAGUUAUCAUAAUCUUUUAUUGGGAAACUUUCAUCACAUCACUAUGGUUUUCAGAAAAGGUCCUAACUUAGAUUAAAAGUACUAAAUUAGACUAUAUCAAUCAAUCAAUCGAUAUCAAGAAUAGUAAUAUCAGGUAAUCUAGGGUUUAAGGUUACUUCCCACUUUUGCAGUUGUCCUUCAGGAAAACAUUUGGGAAAAAAUUCAUACACGUGCUAGUUUCACUAAAAUCUUAGCCAACUAUACAUCAGAAGAAAGCUUAAUAACUACAGAUUACAAUGAAAAUAUAAUUUAAGAGGGUGAGAUAAUUAGCAAUUAAAAAGAAACAUUUUAACUCAACAAUGAUACAAAUGAUGUGAACCUUUCAUAUCCCGCUAAAUCUAAACCUUAAUUGAUGAGGCUUUUGCCAAGGCCACAAACCAUUACACUUCUCAAAUGAGCCCAAAACUCAUUCUUUAUGUCAUUCUUUGUGGACAGUCCACUAAUUCCAUGAUAUCAUUUACAAGAAAACAAUUCCCAAAUGCUGUGAUUGGUGCAAGAUAUCCAAAUGCUGUGAUAUGACUGGUGUGAGAUACAUACCCUAAUGCAGCAAUCUGAUUGGUGUAAGAUACAUACCCUUAUGCAGCAAUCUGAUUGGUGUGAGUUACAUAUGCAAAUGUGGCGAUCUGAUCAGUGCAAGCAGCAUACCACUCUGCACGCUAACAGAGUUAUUUGUUUUUUUUGUAAAAAAAGGAAACUCAAAAAUAAAUCUUUAUUUGUCAUAUUCUUCACUAAAAGUAUCAAUUGUGGGGGAUAGCAAGUUACAGUUGUGCUAUUUAACAUUGUCUCUAGAAGAGAGUCGUUGUACUGUUUAUUGGUAGGGCUGUGAAAAUGUAUUAGUAACCUUGUGUUUGUUGCCUUUCUUAAGACUUUGGUUUCCAGUUUGGUGCUGUUUUUUACAAUUUCAAACCCAACAAAGGGGAUCGCACCAUUUACAGGAAGCUCAAUAGUAAAUGAUAGACUUGGAUAUAGGUCAUUCAACCUAUCAAGAAAUUAGUUAGCUGUAUCGGUGUUAGGCAGGGUAUCAUCAGCAUAUCCUUUGCACAACUAAGGCCUUAAGCCAUCUUGCACUUACUGUUCUUCGAGAUGACACAUAAAGACAUUUGCCAUUAAGUGGCCAAGAGGAGAACCCAUGGCUACUCCAUCAGUUUGUUCAAAUAACAGUCCAUCAAAUUGGAGGAGUUGGUUUGUUGUGGAAAGCUCGAGCAGUCUGAUGAGCUGAUUCUUUUGAAGUUUGAGGCUGUAGCCUUUGUUGAACCAAUCAUCUGUGAAGGCUUUGUUGGCUUGGAUGUUCAUAGUUUUCUCCAAUUGUACAUUGAAGAAAGAAGCAAUGAUUAUAAAAGACCAGAAUGUCAUCUUUGUUGACAGACAGAUUGCGAAGCUCAUUGGUGAAAUCAAAGGUAUCGCUGAUGGUAUAUUCAUUCAAGGAGAGUUGUUUCAGCUAUUUCUCAAGCCACUUGGCAAGUUUGUUCUGUAGCAUAGGCUCUAUAAGUGUGUGAGUUGGAACUGUAAUGAGGGAGUUUCUCUGUGAUUUCAUUAGGCAGUAUUUCAUGUAACAAGUGCAAAUCUCCUCUUUUUGAAGGAGGGAGAAAUACCUAGGCAGUCAUCCACGGCUCUUGGGUGGCUUGUCAUUGAUCAGAAUGAACUUUGUAGUGUUGUCAACUGAUGCAUCACCCAGAAGGCAAAUAUAUUCAAAUCUGUCCAUCACAACAACUCCCGGGCUUUUGUCUUGCUUGGUGAUAGCAAUGUCAUUGCAUUUCUUUAAGGAAUUCAGAGCUUUGACGAGAGCUCUGGGUGGAUUAGAGUUUUUGCGCUCAAUGUAAUUUAAAGUGAUUAAGCAUAAAGUUGCACUAACCAGUUCCUUUCAUCUGAAUCUUUCAAUAAUGGCUCCAUUUUCCAGUACACCUUCUCAAAGCUUGCCUGGAUUUCUAUUAGUGAGACCUUUUGAGGUAAAGAAAACUUUAUUCUCCAACAGACCAUGAGUUUCUUAAAGAAAGAAAGGCAGUAUGAAGACUAGUCAUUGAUGUGCUCCUUGACUUCAAAGUUCUUUGAAAUUAGGUGUGAAAGUUUGUUAAGGCAGCUUUUCAUUAUUUUGUUGAAAAACUGUUAUGAUGGAUGUUCAGCAUUCACAGAAUGGUGACAAAGCACAGAAAGGAGCAUUCUUCCUUUAGGUCUUUGUCAGAGUGGUGAAAUUCUUCUCUGAGAUGCUAGAACAGGGAGAGUUUGGCCCUCAAUUCUUUUCUUUUCUCUUCCUUUCAGUAAUUUACUGAGAACUUCCUUUAGACAUGCUUGUAAUUUUUCACUUGCAAAGUCUAAAUAUUACAAUUGAACCACCACACUCUAUAAAAUAGAAUAGUACAGUUGUUUUAAUAUCAAUUUUCCUUUGAACAUUGUAUUUUAAUUUCAAUUUUUCUGAAAAACUAAAAUGAUCUUUUAUUGAUUUCUUCCUUAUGUUAGAGAUCAUCCAGUAAUGAUAACAAUAUGAUAAUUGUACUAGGAAUGAGUAGUUUGGCUAAAAAAGGAUUGCCAAAUUUUCAGUCAUCUGCUUUUAGAGGGGUGAGAAGAUUAAUUUAAUUAAAACAAGAAUGUCCUUAAUUUUAUAUUUUGAUUUCCAGGCAACUUACUUUCAUCGGCUAAUAUGAAAUUUUAAACAUAAUCAUAAGUAUUCCUUUGUUUCUUAGGUCCUGCUUUCAGCUUGCAGCACACACUCUCUCUAUUCCAGUUAGUCUACAUGCAACCAAUAGGAAGCGGUUAUGUGAACGUCUGAAAAAAAUUGAAGGUGUACCAUCAGGAGCAAUGGUUUUGCUACAGGGAGGAGAACAAAGUCAACGAUACUGCACUGAUACCGAUGUUGUUUUUCGGCAGGUAAACUACACUCACAAGGACCUUACUUAAAACCAAGCCUACUUCAGGGGAGAAUUACUCUGAAUUUGAUUAUUCGCUCAGUUGUUUUCUACUUAUGUAUAAAAUUUUCAACAGGCCGUCCAACAAGGCCACUUACAUUUCAGAAACUGGCAAGAACUUCAUAACAAGGCUGACUGAACACACAUCCAGGGACACAAAAAAGAGGAUAUCAACAAUCACAUUGCUGAAGAUCACUUCUUUUUUAAACAAAAAAAAUGUGAGGAGUUGUUUGUUAUUGAAUAACAAACAACUCCACACAUCAAUCACUGUCAUGGAUAACAGAGCUUUUUAUGAGUAUAUGUGCAUGUACAAUUGCUUGGGCAAUCACAUUUCUCAGUGAGGGCUAUUUUGUUUUUCUAGUAAACAUAUGUGGAAUUUAUUAUUUGAUAUUUGACUCUCAAUAUUGCAGAUCAUGUCAAUUCCUAUUUUCAGGAAUCAUAUUUUCAUUGGACCUUUGGUGUUCUAGAAGCUGAUUGUUUUGGUGCUGUAGAGGUGGAUACAGCAUGUACAAUCUUGUUUGUUCCACGUCUGCCUCCAGAAUAUGCUAUAUGGAUGGGAAAGUGAGCAUCUUAGAAUGACUGUUUGUAGUAUUGGCUGCUUAACCCAUUUACUUCUGCACAGCUCUGUGCAGAAGUGCCCAGUUGUCCUGAUUGACUCUAACUGAAUGGUUGUAUUGUGCAUAGAAAGUUUUCAGUGACUGAUGAUCGCUAUUAAAUAAAUAUUAAAAGUGGCUUAUAAUGGCCUAUUGACUGUCCUUUGAAAUUGGCAGUAGUCCAUGAAAGAAAUGUUUUGUGCUUUUUGUUUUUCAGGAUCCACAGCCAGGAGCAUUUUCAGAAAAAGUACGAAGUGGGUGAGGUCUUUUUUACAGAUGAGGUAAUUUAUGCAUUUUAAAUAUUAGCUUGAGAUGAUGAUGAUAAUUAUGAUUAUUAUUAGCAUAAUCAUUAUUGUUUUAUGAUGUUUUUGUUGUUGUUAUUGUUAUUAUAAUCAUGACUUCUGAUGCUGUUCUUCUUCUAUUCCUGUAUAAGAUAAAUAUGGAGUAGAAUAAAUUCACAACAAUACAGUCUGACUUAUGAUUUACUGAUUCUUACUUAGAUAGCUGAAGUACUACAGAAGAAGUCUCCAUCUGUUCUCUUGACUCUUGUAAGUAGUUGCCAUUCAACAGGAGUUAUGCCCCUAGCCCUGCAGCUUAAUUCUAUAGAAAGAUUUCAAUGAAUGUACAAUACUAAAACUUAACAUAACUUGGCUUACAUUGGUAUCAUUCCAAUUUUGUUAGUGCUUAUGCAUGUAAAAACUGAUUUUUAAAGGACGUUCUGCAAACAAAGAGCAAUCUUCAUUGCAUCAAUUUGUAGUAGUACUCAAGUAUUUUACUCUUUACUUUUCGGAUACAUCUGACCUCAGGUGAUAAAUUGAUUUGCUUGUUCUUUGCAGCGAGGACUCAACUCUGAUUCAGGUCAUCAUAGCAGAGAAGCAGCAUUUGAUGGCAUUAGCAAGUGGGUUUGAUGCUGUUAAUGUUAUUUUGUGGUCAGGUCUAGCUAGAUAUAUCAAGGUAAUUUGGUUUAUCAACUGAGUUGAUAAUGUAAAUUAGCCACCAUAAAGAGUUUUGAAGCUGACAUUUCUAGCACAGGCCCUUAAUCAGAGCAAAAUUUCAAACCCCUUUCAAACCCCUCUCAAAGCCCUUGGCUCUGAUGAAGGGCUACUGUUCAACAUGUCAGCUUUGAAACUCUUUACAGUGGCUAAUUUACAUUUCAACUCAGUUUGUAAACUAAAUAAUCUUGUUAUAUAUUCCCUCACCAAAGCAGGUCCACAGUUUCUUUAGAAACUUACCCCCUUGAUUCAGUACCCAGAUAUAGUUCCCUGUGUUAUUAACAGUACAUCCUUGUACAUGCCUUAGCUCUAAGCUUUAUGCCAAAACCAGUCAACUUGCACCUAUGGAUCUCAAAGUUCUAUAUAUGUUGUUAGAUACCCCCAGUAAGGUGUGCCCUGAGUGUUUUUUGUAUCAAUUCCUCUCCAGGUUCAAUGUGGAUAGCAAGAUUUUGCAUCCAGAGAUUGCUGAAUGGUAAGUGUUGUUAAGAAUUAAGUACAUAUUUUGCUUGUGUUAGGCUUUCUAUCUUGAUUAUGCAAAAUACAAUUUUUGUAAACAAGCAAGCUUUACAGAAUACAUCAAAGUUUCCUUGUUUUUUCUUUCUGUUUACCUGUUUGUUUUUGGGUCUAGUCGAGUUUUCAAGACACCUCAGGAAUUAGAAGUGAUGCGCUAUGUUAACAGGGUCAGCAGUGAGGCACAUAAAGAGGUAAACUAACAUUUUAUAUCAUCAGCUGGCUUUGCAAAGUUUAACAUUCUGUUGACUUAACGUCUGAGCCAAAACAUGCUUUCUAAUAACUGUGACUAGAUCUUAUUGAAAGAAGGCCAUGAUGAUUGUUGUUUAUCUUAGGUGAUGAAACGUGUCAGACCUGGGAUGGCAGAAUUUGAAAUGGAAAGGUAAAUUGAAUUUUCAGUUACUUUCUCAUUCAUAUAUAGAAAAGUAGCAUGGAAUUUUGUGCAAGAAUGUGAUUCUUAGCCAAUAGGGUUAAUACCAUAACUGUAAAUUAACCCACAAUAUUGAAGCGUUGACUCAAAUUUUAUCAAAAAUCAUGGAGUCAGCUGAUGGUUAAAGUCAAUUGUACAUUGCAGCUUGUUCCGGCACUUCUGCUAUUCUCAGGGUGGAUGUCGUCAUAUGUCUUACACAUGUAUUGGAGCAAGGUAACAUUUCAGUCAUUCAACCAAGAAAAAAUAUGUUUUUAAUCAACAAAUGGUGACAAGGUCCAUAGAAUUAACAUUUCUACUGCAACCUCAUGAAGAGUCUCAAAUUCAGGGCAAUUUUGAAUACUGACAAUAUUAUUUCCUAUGAAUAUAAACAGAGGAGAUAUUGGAAUAUCUCAGCCUUCCCCUUGCAGAGUAAAACUUCAGUGGUUUAUCGUGUUAAUAAUUCUCUUUCAGUGGUCAUAACUGUGCUACUCUCCAUUAUGGCCAUGCAGGAGCACCAAAUGACAAGAAGAUCCAUGAUGGAGAUCUGUGGUGAGUUGAACAUAAUUCUAACAAAUGACUAUUUCAUUUAUUGAGAAGUCAAGCUAAAACGGUUUGAGAAUAAAGAAAGCAAAUAAAGAGUUCUGUUUGGGUGUGAUAAUGCUAUUGAGGCAAGUGUCUUUCAAGGAUGACUGCUCAGGUGCUGUGUAGGUUGAAAAGUCCUUUAAAGUCUUCACCAUCAACUUGCUCUUACAUGGUGUAGAAGACACAGAAUACGUCACACUGUUGUUUUCAUUGUUUUCUCAUUCUCGGUUGUAAUGAAAUUCUAUUGUGACGUAUACUGUGUCUUCUACACCAAGUAAUAACCCAUCAACUGACAGCACCAACUCUGGUUUUGUAUAAGAUAGUUCAGUGUGAUGCUUGUAAAUAGACUUUUGGCCAUGUUGUUAAUCAAUUUAUUCAAAUUGAUCACUGUAAUGACUGUUUUACUAAUGUUAUUUUGUAGCCGUUGUUGUUUAUUUUCCUUUGCUCCACUUUACAGCUUGUUUGAUAUGGGAGGAGAAUACUAUUGCUAUACGUCAGACAUCACUUGUUCUUUUCCAGCCAAUGGCAAAUUCACAGAUGAUCAGCGUAAUAUUUAUGAAGCCGUCUACAAAGCCAGUCGUGCAGUCAUGGCAGCCGUUAAACCUGGUAAGUGCUGUUUUAAGUGCCUUUUUGUUGUUAUCUAAGCUCCAGGUUCUGACGCUUUGUCAUAUAUUCAGAGAAAUAAUCGUGAUAUAUGGUGGAAAAAAAACAUUUAGCGACACCUGUUUUUUUUUUUGUUUUGUUUUAUGAAGGGUGAGUAAUUUUUUAAAUGUAUCAACAAAACUGAAUAAAUCAAACAAGGAGGACUGGUAACAACGCAAAGCGAGUGAAAACAGUGAUUUAUUUUUUUGUUCAGAAUUUUCUUUUGCUAUUGCUGACACUGUGACAUGCACAUUUUAGUCUGUUCUCCCGGGAAAAUUGGUCGUUGUAAGUAUGUGGCCUGUUAAGAGUGUUAUGCCAUUAUAGCAUUGCAUUUUUCAAAAAUAGGUCGUUACCCUCAACAGGUGUAAAGUGGCCUGAUAUGCACCGUUUGGCAGAGCGUGUCCAGCUACGGUGUCUUAGAGACAUGGGGCUCCUGAAGGGAGACCUGGAUGAAAUGAUGAAGGUUCAUCUUGGGGCUGUUUUUAUGCCUCAUGGCCUGGGACAUUUAAUGGGACUGGAUGUGCACGAUGUUGGAGGAUACCCAGAGGUAAAAAUCUUACCAUUAACAUAGUGAAUUCAGUUACAGCAAACUGGUUCAAAGGAAGAAAAAUUUCCCAAUGUGACCGAUGCUUCGCCAUAUGAUAGGUUCCUGCAUAUCACUAGGAUUUUUUUUCAAUAUUCUACUUAACCAGGAAGGGUGUUGUCUCUGUGAAUUUGAUGUAUUUGUCUCCUUUGUUGUCACCUCUCCCCUAUCUCUAUCUCUAUCUCGUCUCUGUUUUUUCUUUUUCCUGAAGCUGUAGUAGUUUUUUUUCUUUCGGUUAAACUCGUUUCAUUUCUUCGCCUAGCACUAUAACAGAGAAAGUUCUGAGCUAGUACUCUGCCAGAGUCUUGUCAACUCCAAUUUCUUUAAAUCUUACACAAUUUGAGACUAGUCCGUUCAUUACCAUUUGAAAUUUGCAGGGUACUGAACGGUUAAAAGAACCAGGCCUCCGCUCGCUCCGAACCACUCGUGUAUUAGAAGAGGGAAUGGUACUGACCAUUGAGCCAGGACUUUAUUUUAUUGAUGCUGUAAGUAACGACUGCUUGGUAAUUACCUCGGAGGCCUUUUUACUUGCAAAUAUUUUUUGAAGGGAAUAAGAUAGUUACCAGUGAAAUGAAGAUUUGCUCUAUUUUCAGACUUUGAAUCCUGCUUUGGAAAACCCUGAGACGGCGCGAUUCUUCAAUCAAGAAAUGCUACAGCGAUUCAGGAAUUCUGGAGGGGUGAGAAUUUUUACCUGACUUCAAAUUAGUGUUGUUUUCGUCCCAAAAAUGUUUGUCACCAAUGAUUCUACCCCAAAUGCUAAAGAUGGUUAGAUUUCCACAAAGAAGUACCAGGUAAAAUCUUGAGAUUUAAAUUAGCUCUUUCGAUUUAAAAACCUAACUUACCGUUUUGAUUUUGUCCAGGUUCGAAUUGAAGAUGAUAUUGUGGUGACGUCAGAUGGAAUGGAGCUGAUGACUUGUGUUCCACGUACUGUGCAAGAAAUCGAGGCUUUGAUGGCAGAGGGAGCCAGUCUCCCGCCCCAUUUCUCCCCUUCAGUUUCAUCCCAAGUAGCAAAUUAAGUUCGAUUAGAUCUCUUUGCACAAAUGUGUAACUACCGAAUCAUAAGCAAUAUCAAGCAUGAAUUGAACCUUACCACCAAAGUGAUCCAUACAAGUUAAAAUGUUAAUGCUCUAUUGUGUGAAAACUGUUUGUGACGAUUCCUUCAGUUUUAUCAAAUUUCAUCAAUCAUUUAUCAAAUUUUAUCAAAUCAAAAAAACAAAAACAAAAAAACAAAAAAAAAAAAUCAAUCAUUUUUUUGUCGUGAGUGAUAUGAUUGUGUGAGAAAUAGAGACACUACAUUUAUUUGACAGAAGUUAAUUCUUAACCUCUUAGGGGUUAAAUUUCUCCUUGCAAAAUCAAAGAAUCAUCUACACGGUAUCAUACAAAAAGAUGGGACAAGGAAGAAAAAAUUAAUCUGGCAACAUAGUUCGAUUAGAUACCAAAUUCUCCUAGCUAAAAUGGUAAAAAGUGUAUGGCAGAAAGAAAGGAGAAUCGCAAUUUUAGAAGUAAAAGAUCAAGCAUUGUUCAUGACCAAACGAAUGAGUAACCCAGAGAUAUUAAGCUCAACAGAUGCAAUUCUGUGCAAGCUAAAAGUUUGAAAAUUGGUUUAGCUGGUUAGAUCGAAAAUUUACUAUAGAAAGUUUACUAAAGUAAGAAAUAGAUACCUACAUCAAUUCAAUAACUUUAUGCAUUCCUCGAAAGUCUUCAUGAAAGAAAAUUUGACAAAAUUUUUUAAUUAAGAAAAUUUGCCAGAAUAAAUUAGAAAUACUUUGAAAUUAAAUAACAUAUGUCUUUUUAGAGCUUAUAACCGACUCCUUUAAUGCCUGGGUGUCACAAUAAACACUGAUUUUCUUUCCUUUUUCCUUACCUUCCCUCUGACGAAGAGCUAAUGCUCGAAGAGCUUUAGAAUCGCUCUACGGUGGGCAAUUCACAUUAUCAACUUAACUAGUAAAAUCAAAUUAAGCGUGCUUAACUCCAUUUGUCUUGGUACUGGCGUCUUCUUUAAGCUGUAAACAAUGGUCUUCAUUUGCUGCUUUUUCUUUUGAGUGUUCCUUGGUAAAAAUUUUUAUGAAC